GGUAGAGUGCACUAAGAGUUACAGAGUAGCAGGCUGUUGGUUAUGUGACAUUUUUGAAGAUGGUUGUUGCUGAAGUACAGCAGUGUUUUCGUAUAUGUGUAGGGUUCAGUAGGCUGUAGUGUUGAAGAGUGGGUGUAGGAAUGCUUCUGUCUACAGCUCAGCUGCCACUGUGUGCAGUGACGUGGUGCUGGAACUUAUUUACAAUGCAGGUCUGGUGUUUUCUGCUGCUUGUGCUGCGUGUUGCUGAAGGCUGCACACUGGAAGACCACAGAGAGACCCAACAGAUUCGUGCUUACACAGGAGGGUCAGUACUACUGCCUUGUCACUGCACUGACCUUCACUCUAAACCUGAAAGAUUAAUUUGGGAGAAAUACAACAUGACCAAUAACACAUGGGAAGAGAUAUCCAGUAAGAAUGACCAGUCCACAAAUAAACUCCGGCUGGUUAAUGGUCACUCUCCAGGAAAUCUCUCUCUACUCAUAUCACACCUGACCACAGAGGAUGGAGGAGGGUACAGGUGUAAUCUUGAGAUGAAAGGACACAGAUACAUCUUCCUCACCAUAACAGUGCCUCGUGUUAUUGUAGUCUCUCCACAGUCUCAGUCUCUGCCUUUCGUCCCCUUUGCUUUGGUCACUGUGAUCUUUCUCCACUUUAUAGUAGCUGUGGUCUACUGCACUAAAAGGAACAAAGAUCCUACCAUGGUUCGCUACGUUAAUGCUGAAGAAGGAGCAGUGAGUCUACACUAGAGAAGAAACAAAUGAAGAAAGAAAAAAAAAGAUUAGGUGGCAGCUUAAACUCAAAUGUUUGUUUUCCCUUUAAACCAGAAGCCCCCCCAAAUAUGAUUAUGAGGCUGAUAAAUAAUAUUACAUUGUACAACAUGCAAA